AUGGGUUGGUUUUGGGCAGAUACGACGCCGUCCGCACCCGUCGCGCGCGUUGCGCCACACCCCAUGCCUCGUGGAGGCGACGCGCAACCUCCACCUGCAUGUCCUAUGCAUAACAAGAUGCCACCGCCAUCGGGCAGAGCCGAGCCUCCUUCGACACCAAAGGGUGCGUGCCCCUACGUCCCUCCGGAGACCUCUUCGAAUGCACCUGCAUCCACACCUACCGAACCACCACAGAAGACCGGCCUUCUCUCCCGUCUAAACCCGCUCAACAACAUGUUCUGGACCCUAGAUAACGACCGUGCCGAAAAUCAAACGCAAGACCUCCCCCUAUCACGCGAACAAUCCACCAUACCGAAAGCAGACGGCUCGCUCUGGGAGUAUCCCUCGCCGCAGCAAAUGUACAACGCGAUGCUCCGAAAAGGCUACAACGACACACCAAUCGACGCCGUCGAAUCCAUGGUUUCGGUGCACAACUUCCUGAACGAGGGCGCCUGGGCAGAGAUCAUGGGUUGGGAACGGCGCUUCGCGCGCGGCAUCGUAGAGGGCUAUAGUAUCUGCAAGCGCGGCGAAGAAAACUCGAACAAGCUGCUCGGCACGGACGAAGACCCCUUCGACACAACGACUUGGGAGGAUAAGUCUAUCCCACCUCCGAAACUCCUCCGUUUCACCGGCCGACCUACAGAACUCACACCCAAGGCGCGGAUGCUGCAAUGGGCAGCUUGGGGCUGGCCGGGCAAGUUCGCAUCGCCGCCGCCUUUCGAUCGCCACGAUUGGUUUGUGGAGAGGUGCAAUGAGAAGGGAUGCGAAGAGGUGCGGUACGUGAUCGAUUACUAUGAGGGAGAGCCGGAGCCGACGGGAGAACCGGUGUUCUUCCUGGAUAUUCGACCAGCGAUCGAUGGACCUAGGAGCGCGGCGGAGCGAUUAGUACGGUGGGGGACAGACACCUGGUGGACCGCUACUGGGGGUGUUGUAAGAGAAGUAAGAAAGGCAGAAGCUGCGAGGAAGAAGCAGGAAGAAGAGCUCGCUGCCAAGAGCAGGUCGUAUAACUGA